AUGAAUCACCAACAAAUUGUAAUUCUUUGCUUGGUUUUUGUUAUUUUUCCAAUAUCAGAAGCAGUUUUGAAAUGCUAUACUGGAUACUCCAUAAUGAAAGGUAGCACAAUAGGAACGGAAACAAAAGAAUGUGGAAAGGAAACCGAUUAUUGUUACAAUGGAACUGCCGAUAUUUCAAGUUUCAGUAAAUUUCAGAAAGCUGGUUGUAACACAUUCCACGCAAAUAAAUGUUUCGAUCAAGUUGUUUCCGGACAAGCUCUCACUUUCUGCUGCUGCAACACCGGUGAUUUGUGUAAUGGCGGAGCAGUUACGGAUUCUGGAUCACUAUUCGAUCGUGGAUUGUCAGUGCUGAAAGGACUGGUAUCUGCAGGAAAGAAAUAA